AUGGAGAUAGAGGAGGCAAAGCAAUGCCUCUUGUUCUUCAGCCAGCCAUGUCCGGAAGAGCUUCGUGGGCUCACCGAAUGGUUGAAGGACUGCAUUGCGAUUUUGUGGGCCAUUCAACAUGCGCCUUCGUCAGCUUUAUUCGAUCGCUUUCCCCCUGUCGUAGAAUCAGCGGCGGCAAAGCGACUCCGUGCGGUGUAUCAGAAGGCUUUGUCCCGAAAGAUGCCAGGCCUGGGCAUCAGCUCGGACUUUGAAGUGGUGGCGGACACUGGGGCGGUUCGACUUUUGUUUCUAAAUGCUCUGAGAUUUCGUCGCGGGGCAGAGAUCGACCUGAGCCAGAGUGUGACGAUUGGUAGCAUCAUUGCAGAUGAUGGAAAGAUAAGCGAGGCUGGGGCGAUUCCCUCCAAGAUGACGGAUGAUGCCGGGAAUCCGCUCAUAGUCUAUUUGGAGCCGCCGGCAAAGCUGGCCCUGAGGUUCCAGGUGCAGCAUGUAGUGCGCGGUGGCGAGAUGUGUCUCACUCGCCCCGAGCGUGAAGAGCCCGAACAGGGGGGCGAGGGCGAGGACGGACCACCCGCCUUCCGCGGCCUUAAUCGGGGACGCCUUCAAGCCUUGAGAUCGUUGAAGCAGAACUGUUCGCCUCAUGAGGAUGAGUCCAAGAUGGGGACAUCGUUAGGAAACGCAAUAUCCACCAACUGGUGGGAGAUUUUGCCCCCGGUGGUGCUUCGGCGCUUGCUGUUGCGGAUUGCUCGCAGGCUUGAUGAGUCGUUGGUAUGGCUUCUGCUAAGCCCGGAGAUUGCCAUGAUGGACCUUUGGUCUGAGACGACCCUUGGGCGGGCGAAGUACUCGUUCUGUGCCAUCAAACCGGUGGCCUUCUGCUGCAAGCACGUUGGCCGGGGGUGUCCCUUGCCGGUGUCCAUGCCUUACAACUGUCACGCCCAGCAAAUUGAGACUUGGGCGAUUGGCAAGAAGCUUUGGUGCUGUCAGAACUACCAGGUGGGUUGCCCACACUAUGCCCCGACCCUUCCGUACGACUGCGAAGCAGGACCCUGUCCGAUGAACCGGCCUUCUCUCGCGUCGCGUAGCGCGCACCGUCACGCUGCGGACAUCGACCUUUCCAUCCCUCUGGACUCCAAUGAGACCACCUACCAGCGAGCCAGCAAUUGGAAGAAGGGCUGGUCUUCGUCGAAGCAGGUGCCUGAAGCAGAAGACUACUCCAAGCCCCGUGCAGUCUUAGAAGGGAAGAAGUUCUGGUGCUGCGAGCAUCGUAGCAAAGGGUGUGAGGCGGCUUCCUCACCCUACGAUUGUGCUGCGAGAAGCAGCAUCGUGGUUGCCAGCCACACCACUGGAUCCACAAGCUUGGACACCAGCAAAGAAGAUGCCUGGCGCACGAAGGAACUUCUGAGUUUUUUUGAGGAGGGCUGGUCCACGGCCAAGAAGGUGGGUCCCGGCACGGAAUGGGUUCGUUGGUCGAGGGAGAAUGUGAAGUGUCGGCCUGGUGUUGCCAGCACUUCCAGCGUGGCUGUGGCAGUGGAAGCUCGAGCUACGCAGGUCCGAACUGGAAGUGGCUUCGAGCAAGUGGCGGAGAACACAGGACAUCCACUGCCCUGGCGGGCGGGGCACGACUACACCACUGUCCACACCUUUCACCCGCUGAAGCAUGCGGCGCCCCACACGGCGUCGACCGGACGGCUGUUCAUCUCCCUACGAUUGGAGCGCCGUGAGGGGCUGGUCGAUCAGAGUGAGGGCAGGGUGGUGAGGGAUACGCCGGUCGACCGAACGAGGCAGAUGAUCGCAGAGGUAGUGCCAGUGCCGGUGCCCGUCCCACCAGCGCCUCGCGUCGUGGAGCGCGUGGUGCCGGAGCGCCUGCCAGCGCCGCUGCGGGCGGUGUCGCCCAUGGUGGCACGGGUGGCGCCGGUGGCCCCGAGCUCGCCAACGGACGCCCAGGCCCUCAAGCCGCCCAAGAAAAAGAAGAAGCUCAAAACAGGUGAGAUCGAGGACCGUCGAAGCGACGACGUGGAUCCCUUUGCCUCGUCCUCUCGUCGUCUUUCGCGCGCGACGCGCGACACGGCGGGCGGAGGGAAGCCACGACGACGCGUCGUGGGGGAUGGACUCUCUGAGAGAAAUACAGGCUUGGCCGCCGAUGGUACCACGCGAGGAGAAGGGUCUGCGAUGAAGUUGUGGAAGUCCGAGUGUUUCGCCAACUCCCCUGCGUAUGUGGGCCAAGCAGUGGGCCAUCCAGUUUCAAGUAACGGGGACCCCAACACAAAAGCCCACGCGUUUCCGGGGACGUGGCUUUUUAGCCGGCCGUUUCCGGGUUCCUGCGCCAUGCGGAAAUGCCUGGGAGCGGUCCUGGGCUUGGCCCUGCUCUUCGCUCCGCGGCUGUUCGUGCCUAGCUGGACGCCGCGCGGCGCGGCACAGACCAACCGCGCGCCGAAACGGCGCGCCGUGCCGGCCGGACGCGCGUCCGGGCGCUCGAAGGCAGUGCAAAGUGUGUUGCAGGAAGUGACCCGUAUGGGCCCUGAAGACUUGGAGCGCUUAGUGGAGGAGCUCCUCCCCACGCUGAACACCAAGAGACGCCUGCUGCGCGACCGCUUGCGCCCGCGGCGGAUCAUCCUGGUUCGGCACGGGGAGUCGGUGGGGAACCGGGACAAGACGGCCUAUCAGCACACGCCAGAUAGCAAGAUCGAGCUGACGCCACUGGGGGAACUGCAAGGUGCUGCCGCUGGACAGCAAAUCCGGACCCUGGUGGGAAAUGGCACGGUGCGGUUCUUCUACUCGCCCUACAUGCGAACCAGGCAAACGCUCCAAGAGAUCUUGAAAGCCUUCAAGGGGCAGCAGAUUGAGAUGUGUGCGGAGCCACGGCUGCGGGAGCAAGACUUCGGCAACUUCCAGGAUGCCCAGCAGAUGGAGUUGGUCUACAGAGAACGGCAGAAGUUCGGACGCUUCUACUACCGCUUCCCCAAUGGCGAGGCAGGCACCGACGUCUUUGAUCGCGUGAGCGACUUCUGGAGCAGCUUGUUGCGCUCCAUGGACACGUCGCCGGUGGAAAACCUGGUGCUGGUCACGCACGGCUUGCUGAUGCGGAUCUUUUGCAUGGUUUAUUUUCACUGGACAGUGGAGGAGUUUGAAGAAGAGACUUGGCUAGGACUUGGGGCACCUUGGAAUAUCCGUCGCCUUCGUGACAAACUUUCCAUGCGCGGACUCUGAGCAGAUUGCCAAAUCCCUACCCCUGACUUGGACAUGAUUCUAUCCUAGGCUUGGGGCAUAGGGGCAUUGUUCAGGAUCUCUCCAAGGCAUUCUGGAAGCACCACCACGCACACCCCUAAAGUCAAAAGCACGAUAUCAAACUUCACACAUCGAAGAAUCGCAAAAACUGCUUGCGAGUUGUCAUGUCCAAGCAAAAACAAACUACCGGGACCUUCCUAACAGAUGGUGUUUGGACCGGUUUAUGGGCACCUGUUCGCUAUCACCUGGAAACCCAGUCUUUGCUCCUGGCUGUUGAAGUACAGCGACUUCAAGGCCUUCAACACACCAACUCAACACAUGCCCAAAAGACCAGGAACCUCCAAGCGAGCCGCCUCAAUGCCCUUUGGUGCACCCCGGUGUGGGCCCUUUUGCUUCAAUCGCCAGGUCUGGAACCCUUCGAACUGCGAAGUUUGGGCUUUGGAAAAGAACUUCAACGUGGGGGGCUAUAGCAAUUACCGCCUCGCUGGCCGCUGGCGCCCCAGCCCCCUGGGGGGCAGCUUCCGGGAGAUCCGCUUUGGAGAGAAGAGGAAUCAACCGCUCUGGAACCACAUGAAAAGCCGCAGAGGUCCAAGGGUAUUGACACCUGGAGAUGAAAGCAUCCUGGAUGACCCCAUGUAUGCGCACCUGGCACCUGAUGAGGGCCCAAAGACAUAGCGCUGGCCGAACGGCCGCCGUUUUAGACAUGAGCGCACCCCCGUUGUUCGCGGCGUCCGAUCGGCGGUGCGUCCCUGAUGGGUGGAAGGUG